AUGGACGAUAGUAUGAAUCAAACUUAGCCAAAAAAGAAGACAUUCUACAUUCGAAAGAAAGCAGAUGAAUAAUAAAAAUAAUCUAGAUUAUAUUCUUAGGUCCCAGGACUAGAUGGGAAAGUGUAUUUACAAGGAGGAGGAUCAUUCAAUCCAGGUUAAUCCAUGGGUUCUAAAUUGAUGGUGAAGAAGCCUACAUCAGGUGUGCCAUCCUAAAUUAGUAGAGGGUAGGAUAAAUAGGAUCCAAGGGUCAGUACACCAAAGGGGCCAAUCAGUAGAAUUUCAGAAUUAGAUGAGGAGGAGAAGAAGAAUGAAGUAGAGGGUCCUUAGUUGAAAAUGAAGAAAGAGCAUAUAUCAUUUUUGGUUAAAACUGAAACAGUCGGUUAUGAUAAUGUAGUUGUUUCAAAUAAUGGAAGUGCGGCUAUUUAUUAUGAGUGGAAGAGAAUUGAGAGCGUAAGGAAAUAACCUAAUUCAAUCUAAGAUAUAAAUGAAGAGAGGUUCUUUUGUCAUCAUGAUUAAAAUGUUAUCAAACCAGGAGAAAGAAUUAAAUUUGUGUUUAGUUUUCUAUCAAAACAAGCAGGUGUAUUUAAUGAGGAAUGGGAAUUGAAAUGUGAGCCUCCAUGUUUGACUUAAUUACCUAAUUUGAAAUUGACAGGCAUUGCAUUUAUAGAUGAUGAAUUAACAAUUGGAAGAAAAGAAUUUCAGAAAUAAGUGAAAAACAAAUUUGCAUUGAAAAUAGCCACUGAAAUAGUUGAUGAUAUCUUUGAAGAAGUCAAAACACCACCUCCACCUAAACCAGAUCUAAGUGAUCCUGAAUAAUUUAAAAUCGAAUUUGAAGAACUCAAUUUGGGUGAAUAAUUAUGGUUUACUCAUGAAAUUAUGAACUUCUUUAAUUUCUCAUCAGAUGAAAUAUGUUAAGUAUUAAAAUAAGAUAUACCUUGGAAUGGAGAUGUUAAAUUGCUAAGAUAAUCAUGUCAUACUAUAGAUGAAGAAGAGGUUAAAGAUUUGGUAUUACGUAAAUUGGAAUUGUGGGUUAAGUUGGCAAAGAAAGUACCAAUCUCUAGAAAUCCCAUUUACAGUGUAGUCAAGGAUUUAUUAGGGGAUGUGGCUAAUUAAGUUCCUCAAUUAUCCGAGGAUAUGCGUAAGGAAUUGCAAAUGUGGGAAUACACUUUUCAUGAACCUGAGGAUUUAACACCAGAAAAGGCUAAAGCUAAGUUGGAUGAAUUCAAUAAAAUGAAAGCAAAUUGGUUGAAGAAUGCAAAAAAGAAGAAAUGGAAUGAUGAUAUGGAAAAGGAAUUGAUUGAGGAGUAUAAAACUAAAUUGGGAGCUAAAGUGGCUGAUGCAUUGGCAUAAGCAGCUAUCAAAUUAGAAAAUGAUGGACAAUUAUUAUAAGUAGGAGCAAUGAUGAAACCAGAAUUAAAAUGGAAUGUAUUUAGAAGGAGAAGAUUUUAAUCUACUUACUUUUAUGAUCUUCUUAGAAAGAAAACAAUUUAAGAUUCAGAUAUUGAAGGAAAGAAAAUUGGAUUAAAGAUCCAUCUAAAACUAGCUAAUAGACCAGAUGUUUAUGAACUUAAAGAAAAGUUUGAAUAAACAUUACUCAAAGAAUAAGAAGAGGAGAAUAAGAGAUUGGAAGAAGAAAGGUUGGAAAAGGAAAGAUUGGCUUAAGAAGCAGCUAAGAAAAAAGGCAAAGGUAAACCAGUCAAAUAAAAAGAAGUUGAAGUUGUAUAAGUCUAAUAAAAGAACUAUGAUUUAAGUCAUCUAGAUUAAGCUACACUUUAAGAAUGCGUUGACACUAUCAAACUAUUGAUGGAAAGAUAAGCCAAGAUUGUUGUAUUACUUGUAAGUUAUGACAAUCCAAGUGGAAAGUAUAAGUUUACAUCAUCAACUAAAUUCUUUUACGAAUGGUUAAAGACUCAUGUUGAAUGUCCUGUCUAUUUUAAUGAUGCUAUCAUUGAAAAUUUGGAUGAACAAUUAGAAACUCAAACCUAUUAAGAAAAUAGUGUUUUAGUAUUAGAAAAUCUGUUCUUCUAUCCAGAUGAAGUUGGUUACUCUGAGGAAGAACCUGACAUCGAAUCCAAAACACCAUACAGAACCCUAUUACCUUAUGGCAAUAUUUACAUAAUAGGAGACAGAGUGAAUUUCUUUUCAAGAUUCUACCCUUCAAUCAUCCAUAUGAAUGCAGAUUAAACCAUUCUAUCAUCAGCUAUUGCCAAAGAUAUUCAUAUUUUAUGUCAUAAUCUAAUGGGAUGUUAAGAUCGAAAUGGAACUCUCAUUCUAGGUGGAGAUCUGAGCGGUGAUAAACUGUUAACAAUUGAUUAAUUAUCUGGACAUCUUUCAUCCAUAGUCUUAUUAGGGAAAUUGGGAUUAGCAUUCUAUUUAACAAUGUAUGAGAUCCAAAGCGAUCUUGUGUCUGAAGCUGUUAGAGAGGUUAUCAAAAACCUACUUAAUGUUCUGAGAGAUGAAUCAACUGAAAAACCUCCUUAAAGGUUAACUCGAAUCAGUCAUCUUACAGAACAGCCAAAGCCAAAAGCAAGAUUAAUUUGCCCAUAAGAUUAUUUAAUUACGACACUUCCUGAAGGAUAUGAUCCAGCCAAUUAAGAACAUGUCUAGAUUGUCACUAGCAGUAUUGCACCUUUUGUACCUGAAGGCAAUAUCUAACUAGAAGAGGGAAAGAUACUCUUAGAUUAUGGACCUAAGACUAUUGAAAUUGUUAAAUAAGAAAUCUAAAAUGCCCAAAGAUUAUUUUGGAUAGAUGAUGCCAAUCUUGCAUUAUACAAUAUUUAAAAAUAAAUAACAGUUCCUGAUUUCGAAGCUAUUGCUUUACUAAAGAAAUUAAGAGAGGAAGAAGCCGAAAGAGAAAGAGAGAGAUUAGAAAAACUUAAAGAAAAGAAAGGUGGAAAAGGUAACAAGAAAGGUCUCAAAGAAGAACCACCUAAGGAACCUAUUAAUAUUAAAACCACAAAGGAGAUUAAUGUUCCUGUUUUCAACCUCACAAAUACAGACCUAGGAUUCUUUAUUUAUGAGAUGAAUCAAGAAAAGAAGGAUAGACAUUAACAUGCCUAAAAAUAAGGCCAUUAAGUUCCUUAUGAUUUCAAUUAGGAUUGUGUAGUCACAAUUAUUGGUGAAAAAUUGGAGAAGGUUCUUAAUUAAGAAGAUUUUCAAAAUAUAGGCAAGGAGGAAGAAAUUGAAUAGGCUCCAGAGCCAAGUUAAAAGGGAUCCUAAUUCCCUUAAAGUGAGGCAGGAGAAGAUUAAAAGGAACAAGAGGAAGAAUAAAUUGAAGAAGAGAAAGUUAAGAUCAAUUAAGUGAAACAAUUAUUAGCAGAUUUCUUUAUCCAAGAUUAAGAUUUCACUCUUUCAUUUCUAGCUGGAAAUUAAAUUCAUAUCCAAACACUCGACGAGUAUCCGCCAAAACCAGAAUCUGAAAUUAAUGAGGAGUAGUAUUUUGAAGAAGAUAGUACUCCUUGA